AUGAUCAAUUCCAUACGACAUUUACAUUUCGCAUACGAUUACAUCUCAGUCCCACAAAACCAAGAUGGCGAAUGGAUGACUGUCACCAAUUCCAUGAAUCACUGGGAGAACAUACCGAAUCUAUCCCAAUUCAUUGAAGGCUGCAAUGAAUCUAUCAAACAAAUGGAACGGUUUCAUCUGUCCAAUGAACAUCAUCACUCCUUGAAGUUGGAAUUAUUCAAGAAGCUCAAGACUGUUACUUUCGGAUACAAAGAGAAAUUGUUCUUCUUAGAACAUCAACCGUAUCACCACUACCGUCAGGUUGAAAGACAGCGUCAGGUCCUACCACUCAUGCGUGAUGCUAAAAUCCACAGCAAGAAAGACUUGGAGCUGAUAUCGCGGACUUGGUCGAAGCUUAUCAAUAAGCUUAUCAGACCUUUACAUGUCUGCAGAGAAGUUUCCAAUGGACCUCUGGGAUUCGGAUUCUCCUCUUAUCAAUGCCCAAAUUCUUCGACUGGCUAUGGGUCAAUUCCACACACUUACACUUUACAUUAUUCCUCAAGACAUCGAAGAAGUGCUCAAAUGCCCAACUAUAUCCACGGUACUCUGAACAGAUUGAUAUUAGAAGAUAGCGUAUUAGAAGAUUUUCCAGGAGACGAUGAUGAAGAUGAAGAGGACGAUGAUGAACGAUUCAGAGCGGUUAGGGUAUUCAAUUGGAUUUGCGACAUUACUCUCAGCCAACUCACUCGCAAACGAGAUAUUGACUCGACAGCUUCUUCUGAGAGUCUUUAUGGAAAGACAAGUGUACCGGGAACCACCAAGAUCCGGAUUUAUUCCACCAUGGACUGGAAAGUGAUCAAUGAAGGAAUAAACCUACUGUUGCUAGAUCCGAUAUAUGGUCUAUUUGUUAAUAUCGAUCGAUCAAUCACGAUGCGGCAGCCUAAUGAUCUUGAGGUCGGUAUGGCUAACAAACCAGUAUUCCAGCUGCAAUCUCCAAAACUUGUAGAGAAAGGUGUGACAAUCGAAUUGAUGAGGAUGAAAGAUGCUGGUACUUGUCCGGCAUGUGGCGCAUAUGGCGAGUUUGGAAGAUGUCCCACUAUAUGA